AUGACAACAAUACCGCCGAAUUCACCAAUAAUUGACUCUGUAUCAGGUUCAUCAUCAUCAUCACCUUCAUUAUCAUUAUCAACAGAAUUAUUUAAUCGUUUACAAGCUUUUCAAGUCUAUUUGGAAAUGUCAGGUUCAAUUGAUGCAUUAACAGAUUGUGUUGCACAACUUAAUGUAUCAUAUUCUGUAUCAUAUUUAUCACCACUUGAACAAUUUAAAGCUAUACUUCGUUCAAAAAUUCCACAAACGAUUGAAGCUGAUUGUUUACAACAAGAAAUUGAUGAACUUAAAAUGCAAAUUGCUCAAUUACGUCAAACACAAAAUUAA